CGGAAACAUCUCUCUCGUGGAUGGCAGCCUUCGUGCUGUGCUGCGCCCGGAGGUGGACGAGGCCGAUACGGUCGCGGCGGAGAGUGCGCACAGGUGGCGGAUGGUGAUCUCCUACGACGGUACCAAGUACAAAGGUUGGCAGUAUCAACCAUCACCUCCAACCAUACAAUUCUUUUUAGAGAAAGCACUAAUACACAUAACAAAGCUGGACCGGAAGGAGCUUUGUUUGGUUGGUGCAGGAAGGACAGAUGCAGGUGUUCAUGCACGGGGUCAGGUGGCACAUUUCACCACGCCUUUUGCCUACCAUUGUCUCGAUAGCUUUCAUUCUGCAAUCAAUGGGCUUCUACCUCCUGAUAUUCGAGUUAGGGAAAUUAGUGAAGCAAGUCCGGAAUUCCAUGCUCGCACAUCCUCAAAGAGCAAAAUAUAUCACUACAAGAUCUAUAAUGGAGCAGUUAUGGACCCCUUCCAUAAUAAUUACGCCUACCAUAGUGCACAUAAACUUAAUCCAGAUGCUAUGCGGGAGGCUGCAAAGCAUUUUGUUGGAGUACAUGACUUCACAUCUUUUGCCAAUGCAGUACACAACGAUCGUGUCCGCAGUCCCAUAAAGCAGAUAUCACGCUUUGAUGUUACUGAAAUGGAUGCUAUCAUACAGCUCGAGGUUGAAGGCACUGGGUUUUUGUACAGACAAGUGAGGAACAUGGCAGCUUUGCUAAUUCAAGUUGGGAAGGAGGGACUGCCUCCUGGAAUCGUCCCAAAAAUAAUUGCUGCAAAGGACCGCAAAGAACUAGCGAAGGUGGCCUUUUUAGCACCACCUCAUGGAUUGUAUCUCAUGUCAGUCAACUAUGACAAAGAAAUUUUGAAGCCUCCUGAAGGGUCCCCUCCGAUUAGCUUUGGUAGGAAUCAUCAGAUUAGUAGAUGCAAACUUUUGUUCUAUUGAUUCUUUCUUGAAGAGCUACUAGUAGUAUGAUUUCUGACAGUUACGUUUUUUUUUCCACUGAGACUUCAUAAUUUGGUAGGACUCAGAUGGUUGCCAAGUGUAAACAUGCAUUUUUUUGCCAAUGCAUGGAAAAUAGCUAUUCCCUAUUUUUGAAUUUUCUA